AUGGGCAAGUGGGUCCCACGGAAAUCGACAGGCAAGCACAUCGCCAAGGAUGGCAAGGCGAAGGGCAAAUACCCUCCAGGUGUACCGUUUUACAAGCUGCCCCUGAAAGCGUUUCUCCGCAGCUGGCCCGAUGAGGAUGGCUGCGUGCUCCUAACGGACAAGCAAGCGCCGACGGAAUACUUCACCACCUCCACGCUGACCGAGCAGCUUACAGCAGAGACCUCGGAGUGCAUCGCUCGGCCAGGCCUGGGCGUCAGCAUGGCCUCUGCCUCGUUGGAAUCCUGCGCAGCUGCCUUGGCGGUGCUUCCUUCAUCGUCUGAGAAGAAGUUUGGGCAAACUGGAAUUCCAGCUGUCAAGAAGCUCUUGGAGCCCUUGGGCAGUGCUUUGGCGGCCGUCAACCUGUCAAACAAGGCGUGCUCAUCUGCAUCUUCUUUGAAGCCGCACGCCGAGAAGGUGCUCAAGAAGCUUGGGAAGAAGGAGGCUCUGCAGCAACGGGUGAAGGACUUCGCUCGACUGGCAGACACAGCCUCACGCAUGUACGCUGGCGCUAUGGCUGGUUUGGAGCUUUGCACUCUCGCGUCCAAUCCGAAGGCGUGGGCAAAGAAGAUCCCGGACGAGUCCAAGCAGGACAAACCCAUCCGGAAGUUCAUCCAGAAGAAGACUCUGGACAGUUGCGUGGAAGCCGUCGCGGCGACGAACGCGGCUCGCCUGGAAGCGAAAGCUCCCCGCAAGAAACGGGCCUUCGGAGACAGCAGCGAGGAAGCAGCUGGCAAGGAGGAGUCCGGGUCUGAGUCGGAGAACAACUCCGAAGCCAAGGAAUCUGGAAGCGAAAGCGACCACAAGUCCGGCUCCUCCUCGUCUUCCCACUCCCAUGGAAGUGAUGAGAAGAAGAAGAAGAAGCAGGAGAAGAAGAAGAAACUGAAGAAAGCCGAAGCUCCGAAGAAGCGGGCGACAUCGGCAAGGCCGGCGGCCGUUGAGCUUUCCUUGGAGGAUCAGGAAGAGGAGGAGGAGGCAGAAACUCCGGGGCUCGACCCGCAUCUGUCCUGGGCAGAGUCCGAGGUGGCCAAGUUUGCGGAUGAGUUGCAGACCAUGGUUGCAAACCAGGACAACAAAAAGAAUAGGCUGCCAUUGUACGUGCUGGUCGCUCUCCUGGAUAACGUGCCCGAGGCCGUGCUGACGGAGCAUGGGCUGGCCAAGGUUCUGCAGACGUUGAAGCAGAUGACACGCCUGCCGAAGAAGGACAAGCUGAUCAAUAUCUUCGAGACCAUGCAGGACAUGGUGGCCAAGGCGAAGAGCAUUCAUGAGCAGGCCCGGCUGGCGGCGGACGCCGGCUCGUGCGAGGCCAUCGUGUUCAAAGUCGUGGCAGCACAAGACCAGCACAGGCGCAGCCCACUGUACAGCACCACACACCUCAACGUGCUCCCGAUCAGAGUUUUCCACUUUUCAGAGCCAUGCCCUCCGUGUGUCCUGGCACAGCGGCUUCUCCUUGUUGCUUCUCGGCGCAAAGCCCAGGCCGCGCAGCGCAGCGAGGUCUUCUGUGGUAAUCCAGAUCGUUUGGCCGCGGCCUGUGCUCAGCCACGGUCGCGUGGACACAUCAAGCGCUUGCUGUUGGCCUUGACGCCCGAGUACCAACGCCUUGCCUUGGAGCGGGUGCCGGAGGACUUCCGUGGCUACUUCGAGGCAGAGCUGGCCAAGCCAUGGGUGUGCGUGGGCAUGAAUGGCGAGCGCUGCACCUUUGCUCUUGCAGCACGCGGAGGCCCAGCUCAGGUGAUGGGUCGCAGCGCACGCUGCCUAUUCUGUCGACCUGAAGAUCUGUGGCCAUUGUGCGCGGCGGAAGCUGGCAAGCGAGAGGUGCUGGGCAAGCUCCGGCGCUUGUCAGUGGUUGCCCGCGCCCGUGCUUUGGAAGAGCGCCUGCCGCCCGACGCGGUGGAAUAUUUUCAAGCGCAGCUGCAGGGUCCGGCGCCCAAGCAGGAGCUCCCCGUCUUGUGGAGAGGUGCCCUGGCAUCGCGGCAGACAGCUGCAGCCCCGGCGUCGGCUGCGACAAAGAAGAAAUAUCGAGAGCAGGUUCUGGCAGACAGGGCUCGGGCACGGCGCCGUAUGGGCCAGCCUUCAAAGAGAACGCCAGCUGGCGAGGCCGUCGAGAAUACCACUGGGUUGCCCCCGGCGAAGCGCCGCCGGCUGGCCGAGGACUUCGAGCGUUGGUGCCUUUUCGACUCCUGGAGCAUGUGUGAGAACUGCGGCCUCCUCGCGCCUCGCGACCUCACAGAGAGCACGCUCAACAAGCCCCAGCCACCCACCAAUCCUUCAGGCAAGUGCUCCAGAUGCAAAGCUGCACGCGUGCAGCCGGUGGUGACGCUGGCUGAUGUGCCAGAGGUUCUGCGGGAGCUGUCUGCAGAGGCUGCGCAGGCAUUGUCGCCCUUGGAGAUCGAUGUGGGCCCGGUCGUGCGUGCAGAGCACAAAUCCGGCUACCGCCAGAAGACGACCAUGAUCCGCUUCCGCUGGCAAACGACUACAGUGAAGAAGCGCAUCAAGCACCUGCAGGACGUGAACAUGCGGACGAAGGCCCGCGCAGCUUACGACUUCUUGAUGGCCUCGGAUGACACACCCUAUGCGACCUUUGUGGCCGAGCAUGCGGAGUUUCUGGAAGAACACCCCGGCGCCGACGAGCUCACUCGCCGUCGCCGGCUGCAAUUCAUUGAACGUGUCGGCGUGGAGUGCGCCCUCUGGCCUGGUUUGUUCUGGGAUGUGAAGCGCACCUUCACUCACGAGCGUGCCACGGAUCCCAGGCGGGUGAUUCGGCAGGAGCGGGCAGCCACCUUGGAGGACGUGCUGAACGCCGGUCGGCCCGCUGGGCGUGCAGCCUUUCCUGCUGCAGACAGCGAUGAGGAGGUUGAGGGCAACGACGACAGCGAAGAGGAGAGCCAGGUGGCAAAUGCGGAGGACGCAGAAGCAAAUGACGCCACACGCCACAGCAUGAAACGUCUCUUUGCCGCCUUGGCGUUGGGUCGUCUGCUGGGCUACGCUGCGAACUUCGAGCUUCUCCAGUUUGUUUAUGACCUCAACCUCUGGAGCAGCAUCGGUUCCAAGAAGAAUCUGCAGCUGCCGACGCCCAUGCGCCUCAUGCUCAAGGGCGAGGCCUUCAGCCCUCACUAUUGGCGUGGAGUGCACUACGCCUUGCUAGACAUGGUGCGGCAGGUCGGCUACCCUCGCAUCUUCUUCACCAUCGCCCCCUACGAAUGGAGCUUCCCCUACCACGAGUGGGUCCGCGACGAGAUGCAGAAGAUGCUCAAGGAGCGCCUCUUCCUGCCGGCGGCGGAGACGCUGCACAUGGUGCACGUCAUGGUCCAGGCCGUGAAAGGCUUGCUGCUGGGGCAGACGGGGGGACACGGGCGCAAAGCGUGGAAGAGCAACACCUUCCGCGUUGUUGAUGGGCAGGGCCAGGCCCGCCGCCUGCACUUCUUCAUGCGCCUGGAAUAUCAGGAUGGCACUCGCAAGGCAGCCACGCAGGACUACCACGGCUCGGGCCGAGUCCACGUGCACGUCGUCAUCUUCGUGAAGCCUGAAGACGUGGAGCAGCUAGAUUUGGCCGAGACCGUGUCUGCCACUUUGCCCGAAGACGCGGACCUUCGUGGCUAUGUCGAAGGCAGCCAGUACGACCGGGACAAGAAGAGCGGCUGGCCUGUCCACGAAGAACCGACUUGCUUCGAUCGUGACGCGGGCACGUGGCUCCUGCAACACACGGAGGACGACCAUGCGGAAGGCCUGCGCCCCUACCUCGUUGAUCUCAUGGAGGUGCUCCGCUGCCACCAAGACUUCCAGAUGUGCGACGACGACGGCCUGCUCCGCGCCUAUGUCACCAAAUACGUCAGCAAGUUCUCGGACGCGGCCAGCGAGGAGUGGCUCAACGAUGACGCCGACGCCAUGAGCAUCGCCGCGACCGUCCUCAUGCGCUACCGGCCGCUGGAGCCCGAGAUGGUGCUGCAGCUCUUCGGCGCCAAGUUCCGCCAGUGGCACCUCUCCACGCAGAGCGGCGGCAAGCGCGACGUGGUGGCGCCUUACCCAGACCAGGAGCCCAAGCUCCGCGAGGUGGAGCUGUACGAGCAGGCGGAAUGGGCUCGCGGCCGCAUCAGCUUGCUCGAUUACCUGCGCAAGACCACGGCCGAGGGGAAGAUCUGUCACUGGCUCCAGAAGAAGCACGUGCAGUCUGGCAGCGGCGCCACCCUGGAGGACUUUGCUGCGAACUACGUGAUGCAAGGCGAGAAAGUCGUGGCCGCCGAGACGGUUUCCAAGUUCAACGACCGCUACUUUGGCCAGUGGCUCAUGCUUCAUGUCCCCUUCGAGAAAGCCACGGACUUCUGCGUGCCGGAGCACGUCGCCCAACGGCUUCCGGAGGCACACAAGUACUUCGCCAUGGCAAUCCUCUGCGAGCACCCGGUGGCGCAGGCCAUGUGGCAGGACGACGAGAAGAUCCGUGCGGAGCUGAAGAUGGAAGCGCACACCAAGGACCACGUGGACACCAUCCUGGCCAUGAUCCGUGCGCACCGCGGCUUGCUUCAGGAAUACCUCGAUGGCUCCCUGGAUGCCCGAAAGGACCGGCAAACCCAGGAGCAGUGCCGCGGCAAGACAAAGGCCCCCAAGAAGAAAACAGGCCCCGUGGAUGCCAGCAAGUUCAACAGACAGCAACUCCGCUUCAAGGAGCUCGUGGACACCGCAGUGGACAGAGCGCUGGCCAUCGAGGACGCAGAGGACGAGGGCGAGGCGGAUCGUCUGCGACAAGAGGCGCGGGGCAGCAAGGCCAACGUGUGCCUGGGGCCGCCCGGGACCGGCAAGACCACGGUGGUCUUCUCUUGCGUCGACCGUGCCCUUGCCAAGGGCGGCAAGGUGUUGAUGGCUUUGCCGACCGCCCAGUUGGCCAGCCGCAUGAAGGCACGCUACGGCCACAAGGUGGACAUCGACACUUGCCACGCUGCGUUCGGCCUGCACGAGUCUGCAGAGCACGGCGAAGCAUCCUUGCUGACCAUGUACUCCCUCAUCGUCGUGGACGAGCUCUCGCAGCUGGACAUGGUCAACUUUGAGAAGAUCUUGAAGCUCUGGGCAGCUGCAGAGCGUGUGCCAGCGCUGGCGUUGCUGGGCGACCGGUACCAGAUGCCCGGCGUGGGGGAGAAGCGGCCUUGGCACGGGCGCCUCUGGAACACGCUCUGCUACCGGGUGGCCCUCCACAAGAUGUACCGCUGCAAGGACAAAGCGCACGCCAAGCUCCUGGCAACACUCAGGACCGGCAAGCCGAACGCCAAGCUCCUCCGGCAGCUCCGCAAGAAGAUGGCUUGGCGGCCCCCGGGCCGGCCGACGGUGAAGGGACUCCAGAAGCUCCUCAAAUCCAAGCCCAACACGACCAUCCUGACGUGCACCAGGCGGGGCGCUGCUGUGGUCAAUGCAACUGCUUUGAAAGCCCUCUUCCCGAAGUACCCUCCGCUUGCGACUUUGCCAGCUGACGUGGACUCCAAUCCGGAGAACUAUGUACAAGGCAAGCUGAAGCCACCUGCAGAGCUGGAGCCCUCCGCCAUGCCUGUCUACAAGGGCAUGCGGGUGUACUUGACCCGCAAUGUGCGGAAGGACGUCGACUUCGUCAACGGCAUGGAGGCCACGGUGCUGAAGUACGACGAAGGCACGGGCGGCCUCUUGGUGCGCACUGCCACCGGGUUCGUGGUCAGCGUCUGGCCGUGGACCGACCCGGAGAGGGGCGGCUUGGUCUACUACCCGGUCCGGCCGGGCUAUGCGUCCACCAUCCUGAAGUUCCAGGGCGCCGAGCUGCCUCACGUCGUCGUCUACCUGGAUGCCCCGAAGGUGCCUGCCGCGGCCUACACUGCCAUCAGUAGGGUCGGCUACUACAAGGACUUCCUGUUGGCGGGCAUCUUGACGGAGGAUCAUUUCACUCCAGCGAAGUGA